AUGCUGCAGAACCUACGGCACAUCAGUCAGCCCCCCCCAGCAGCUGGAGGUCAAGUCACCGUCACGGACCCCAUGUCGAAAUUUCCCAAUCCAUCCUCGCCUUUGCAGACAAUUUCGCUUCAUCUUAAUGCGACCGAUGCCCAGCGGGGAAGCGUCUCGUCCUGCUUCUCGCCAUUCGACGCGCCAAUUCGGCCUCUUGCCACCGCGAUCUCGCCCUCGGAGCCAUCGUCGAAUGCAUUGACGCCGCCAGAGGCUGAGCCGGAGCCUGACCCCGAGCCCGACGCCGCAGACACGGACACGCAAAGGGGGCGAGACGCCGUCCCCUGUGGUUAA